AUGAGUAGCGAGACCGGUUCCCCGCCGUUGCUGGACCACUUGGUAGUCCUCGUGUCUCACGCGACACUGUUACAACUGCCGAGCCGACUCCAGCAUUUACUAGUAAUUGCUCCUGGCGGAACUCAUGCCGACGGAGCCACAACCAACAAGCUGAUUCUGUUCGAGGACGGUUUCUACAUUGAGCUCAUUGCAUUCCUCGACGGCGUAGACCCCGAGCUCCGAAACAAGCACCGCUGGGGUCGGGAAAAGGAAAACACCGUCAUUGACUGGGCCUACACGCUUGGCCACGAGCAACAAUUCGAAGCCGUGAGGGAGCGCGUCCGCCGCGCCGGUGCCCCUAUCCUCUACACUCACCCGGUGCCGGGGGGUCGAACGAGGGAGGACGGCGUCGUCUUGAAGUGGGCGGUGGCUGUUGCUCAGCAUGACGAAGACGGCGCCGUGCAACCGGGCAAGCUGCCAUUCUGGUGCCUUGACAGGACGCCACGAAAUCUUCGAGUCCCGUACGACGAGAGUCCCCUCCAAACUCGACAUCCGUGUGGUGCUCGCGGCAUCUCGACUAUUCGUGUCAAGGUUCCUGCCGCCGAGCUGAAAGCGCUCGGUCAAGUGUACGAUGCUAUUCACAAUGCCGAACAGUCUGCGUAUAGCUGGACCUUUGAUGUCCCGUCCCCAACAUCCACUGCGACGCAUUCCGUCUCCUUGGUCGGGAGCGAUGAGUUUGCUAUCGAUAUCGCUCUAUGGGGUUCUCCGGGCAGCCCGCGCACUAUAGAGCUGCUUCCGGGUGUGAACUCCGAGAUACACCAAUAG